AUGUGCGUCGUGGAAGCCCUUCGGGUCGUGGAGGCAGUAAACACUGGCAAAGACUCUCGCGGUUGCCUGCCGUGGCGCGUUGCUGACAGAAACGUCGUGAGAUACCAUGCCACCCACGGCACACUACCGGCGCGGCCUAAGUGCAGCAACAGUCAAUGGGAAUUGGUCGUGCGAAUGUGCGCGCUGGACCCGAAGCAGCGGAUUAAAAUAUCGACUGUGGUGGACGAGCUGGCCAGACUGGCGAACUCCGGCGUCAAUACCCAAGCAAUGGCCGAGCCCGACACCUUGUCAGCGGAUGUCACGAAUCGAGUUUCUGUCCCCGACAUGAUUGCUGCAGCCCGACAUGAGCUGGCUAGGCUGGCCAAACCUGUCGUCGAAAGCCCAAUGAGGGUCCCGCCCAACGGAGUAAAACGCAAAAGACCUCGAAGGUGGUUGGCGAGCUGGCGAGUCCUGGUAUCUAGUGCCAAGCGAUGUUCUUGCUCGACAUUACCAGACGAUGUCACGGAUGCAGUCUCUACCCCUGGAGCUCGGCAGGGGACGGAGACAUUGCAAGGCAACACUGACCAAGUGAUUUCGCUGUGCUCUUCAUUGUGGGAAAGGCUUGAGCGCGUGCAUGAACAGAUCACUGUCAUUACGAUCGAAGACUGCUGCACUUCGUUCCACUUGCUUGUGGUCGAUGCUCACGCAGCCACGACAAAGCUUCAAGUCCGGGAACGCGGCAUUAUGGCGCUAGCAGAGACCACGAUGCGGUUUUACGCCUUGGGUCGAGCGUUAACAAAGUUCUGCGAAGCAUACUUUGUUGACGAUGUAAACGCUGGGGGAGCCUGA